AUGUACAUUCGGGAUCAAACAAACUUAAAUGACUUGGAUGCUAUAACAGGUGUAGUAUUGCAAGACAUUAUUAUUUUAAUCGCAAACAAACUUAAGAAGGAUUUUUCUCAUUAUAUUAAUAAGAAGUUGAUUAGUCUGUUAGUAUGGAAACUUCAAAGAGUUAGUAAUGCGAAUGCUAGUGAUGCAAAUAUUCAUAUAAGUGAAUCUGAAUUUAAAUUAAAG